GAGUGACGCCCAAAAGUGUCUCUCCACCAUAGAGACCUCUGGAGAUCAAGACGCAUCGCUGAGUCGCGCAUGAACCCGGCAAAAUGAAAAUGGGCGUGACACCUUUGGUGCUUGUCGUGAGCAUCGCCUUCAGUCUGAAUUGUGAGGUCGACGCUAUGUGCCAUGAUGUCGCAAGCGCACUCGGGUCUUGGGUCGGUGAUGGCUCUGCAGCUGCCUUGAUCAAGACCAAGUGCGUAGGAAUGAACCGCGGAACCAACAGUUGGCGUAAAGGAGCGAAGGUCAGGGGGAUCUGCAAUUCGAUUCCUCGGAGCACACCAGUAGCUACGUUCGUGGGCAAGAAGUUCCGCGGACACGCUGGAAUUUUCGUGAGAUGCAGUCGAGACGGCAUUCACAUCUACGACCAGACGCCCAUGAGGACUCUCGGAAUCCGAAUGAUUCCAUGGCGUGGAUCGAUCGUCUCACGUAACGCUGAGAACUAUUUCGUAAUUCACUGACAGGAAUAAGUGUCACCGCACUGUCCUUCGAUGUGUAUCUAGUCUGUAAAUACACGCUGAAGCGUUGGGGGGAGGAGAGGUUUUCGUGGUACGAUAUCCAGGACUUCAGCUUCGUCGAGCU